CACACGAUUCCAAUUCCCUUUCAGAUCUCCACCUGGCAAGAAUCACAACGACACGCUAGACUUGUAUUACACUAUCGUUUAAUUGUGUUUUUUUCUCCCACCAGCUCGGUUAGCCUUAGCUUGGUGCUAACUGUUAGCGUCUCCGCCCCUUCGUCUGCUGUGAGGAGAGGGGCGAAAAUGUGCCGCUCUGCGCAUGCGUACAGAGCUACGAACCGCCUUCAUCGUGUCGCACGCGUCCGAAGACACGCAUCCAGUUUUUUUGUUCGUUUGUAGAUCUGCACACGCUGGGAGCGAACUGGACACAACGGAAUCGUCAAUAAAAACGCCCACAAGUAAAGGUAAAAACUCACAUAAACGCUUAAACGAUGUCUCAAUAGAGAGCAGGGGAAAUUUCGAAGUUUAACAAUUACGAGACAAGUCAUUAUUAUUUUUUGUUGUAAAAGGGCCGGCCAAUGUUGCGCAUGCGUGGGGGGUGAUGGCGUCGUACGUGACGUCACGCGGCUGCGCCAGCGCUAGCUGUGUGUGACUUGCCAAACAGAGACUGGAGCGUUCUUCUCUUACGACGGGACUACGGGAAGCAUUUUAGCUUCCAUCCCGGAGAAACAGCAGCGACCUUAAAAGGAAGUGUCCACUUCCUAAUGGAAUGACCCCGUGACAUCCAGCUGAGUCAGCUGUCCGUUUUGCUGUUGACUUAACGGAAAGGUGUGGAAGGUGGAAACCAUUCAAAGGAGCUGAAAGUGCAAUCAGAGCAACCUUCCCUCCUUCACAGGCUGAGUCAUCCUCUCACACUUGCAGCAUGUGAGCGAAGGAACUUCUCUGUCGAGCUUCCUUCCUUCCAAUUGCAGCGAAGCCUCGCAGGAAUGAUCAUGAGCCAUGAAGACGAGUUUGUCGCCGUGCGGGUUCAAGAUCCUCGCGUGCAGAACGAAGGCUCGUGGAACUCGUACGUGGACUACAAAAUAUUCCUCCAUACCAACAGCAAGGCGUUCACUGCCAAGACAUCGUGUGUGCGGCGGCGCUACAGCGAGUUUGUGUGGCUGAAGAGGAAGCUGCAGAAGAACGCCGGCUUGGUGCCCGUCCCAGACCUCCCUGGGAAGUCUUUCUUCUCCUUCAGCAACGAGGACUUCCUGGAGAGACGGCGCCACGGCCUUCAGGUCUUCUUGGACAAGGUGGUGAACAUGACUGUGUGUCUGUCGGACAGCCAGCUGCACCUCUUCCUGCAGACGCAGCUGCCGGUUGGUCACAUCCUGGACUGCGUGCAGGGCCACACCCCCUACACGGUGACGGACGCCAUCCUCACCUACGCCUCGUCCAAUCGUGGCUGGGCUCAGGCUCAGGAGGAGGACGCCGUCAAGGAGCCCAGUCUGACCGUGUCGUACGAGUCCAUGGAGAGUCCCGCUCCUCAUCAGCCCCGCCCACAUGACAGCGCCUCAGGCCUGGAGUUCUUCUCUUCUCCCAGGCUCGACCCUCUGGCCGACAUAUUGGAGCCCCGUGAUGCGACCAACAGGAAGUGUAAGAAGGUGCUCCUUCCCAACGAUGUCCUAGAUGGCGCCGUGGAUGAUGAUGAUGAAGACGGCGGGCCAACAGAUGCUACCUUCUACCUUGGGGACAGCCAGGACAUCCGCACGACUGAAGGCACGCCGCUGACGAGCGGUCCGAUGGAGGCUCCCGUGGAAGUGCACUCGCCUGCAGAGGAUGGCGUCCUCUUAGAGGCGGAGCCUGCAGCCAGCGGGGGACAAAUGGAGCAGCAGUCUUCUGAGGAUGUGGACAGCGCGAGUUCAGCUCCUACGGACUCAGAGGAGGAACGAGCGGAGGUGGUUUCUGCUUGUGACAGAGUAAGAUCAGACGACCCGGCGAAGGAGGAACGCCAUGAAGACGAGCACAGACAGGACAUGGGAAGCGAGGAGGAGGAGGACAGCAGCUCGCUGUCGUCCUGCAACGAGAGCAUCGUUAAGGUCAGCGAUGAGGAACACAUCAGCGAUGACGCCACCGAUCUGAUCCAGCCGCCAAACGGGUUCGUGAAGAUGUCCUCCCCCGAGGAUGCUGACCCCUGGUCACCGGUGUCGGGCGGUACCAUGUUGGCCCUUCACGUGAACGGAGCCGCUGACCAGGAUGAGCUGAGCUUCGUCACCAGGGAGCUGAGCAACUCUCUAGACGUCAACUUCACUGGCGGAGACCUGAGCGAGAACAACGACUUCAGCGUGUUGGAGAGCAGCUCUGCUCCCGAAUUAGCCGGCAGGAGACACUCGGGGCAGGGAACGCCAUCCUCCCUGGCGGCUGACGCCACGUACAAGACUGCUGAGGACAUUUAGUUUGUCAGUUUAUUUUUUUUUUUAACAUUUCAAACUUAAAUAAUUUUAACGCUUUUGGCAAGCUUAUCAGUUCUGAAUGGUGGUUCUCUUUGGCGACAGCAGAGGGCGCCAAAGCUCCCUCCACAAAUCUCAUGCUGACGUUUUAGCUGUGGGUUUCAUAUUCAAAUGGUAAAUAUUUCAACAGGGAGACAAGAACCUGUCUUUUAAGAAUAACGCACACGCUGAGAACAUUCAACUUUUUGUGCAAUAAGACGACGCGCCACCUCAGCUGACCUCUCAAAACCUGUUUGGAGAGACAACGCUUUAGUUUCUGUCACGUUCAAAAAGGGAGCCGUUGUUGAUGUUCACGCUCUGCAUAGAAAAUGAGACGCUUUUAUUCCAUUUGCUAACAUGCAGUUUUCCUUCCAGCUGUUUAUCACCACUGCUGACUGGUUUCCCAAAUUGAGAGUCGCUGUUUGUACAGUUUUUCAGCAACGCACAAUUUUAUUUUUGAAACGUCAACUUGGAACAGUGAACAAUAAAAGUCUGGCUUCCAGGUGAACAUCAACACCACCUGAUUUAAUUCUAAAUGAGUGUUUUCAAUGAAUCAAGUUCACACAUGGAAAGAAGACAUUGGAGAAACUCUGCCACCUUGUGGACCACAGAGAAACCUGCAACCUGGGUUUCAUCUAAAGCCGGGGUCAAACACAAUUUACCUGGGGGCCGCUGGAGGUAGAGUCUGAGUGAGGCUGGGCCGCAUCAAGUAUUGGGAGCAGGGCUGGGAAUCUUGGGGUACCUCACGAUACGACACGCGAUACAUGGCUCACAAUAACAACAAUAUCUUGAUACAGGAAGUAAUGGGGUGAAUCAAAUAAAUAAAUAAUUUCACAGUUUAUAUUUUGCUGCAUUCAGCUGGGAUAGGCUCCCGCUUACCCGUGACCGUAAUGAAGACGAGCGGUAUAGAAAAUGGGUGGAAUUUUUUUUACCACAUUUUUUAAGUGACUCACUCACUCUUAGUUCAGUGUAGGCUAAUGUGUGCAUCCUACGAGUAACAUUGGCUUGUCGCAGGCCGUAUUACAAUAAUCUUUAAAGACAAGUCGCGGGCCUCAAAAUGUGACUUGUCUGGCCGCAAAUGGCCCACGGGCCACGAGUUUGGGCCCCCAAGCAAAGGUGUCCCAAGGUUUUUCCAGAGAGGGCCACAUAGUGAAAUAUGCGAAGAAGUUAUAUAUGUACAGUCAAACCUGUUUUAGCGGCCACCUUUAUAGAACGGCCACCUGCCUAUAGCGGCCACUGAAAAAUCCCCUGUAGCAAAUUUACAUGUUAUAGACCCUGUGUAUAGCAGUCACCUGUCUAACGUGUCCAGCAGCCACCCAUUUUGUCUCCCAUGGUCAAUAUCUGACCGCAUAUAGCGGCCAAAUUACCGACUCAAGUAGAAGCUUCAUGCAUGAAAAAGUUUCAUUUUUCAAUCAAUGAAGCCGUCGUGUGUAGACUUUAAUUACUGAGUCCUAGCUCAGUCACAAUCAUUCACAAGAUCCACACAAACUGUCAGUUGUUCCACAUAAAAAAGCCGUCUUCUUUUGAGCUUGCUAUUUCCUGGUCAAACAUGUAACUUUAAGAGCAUUUGCAACAAAACAUUACCGCAAAUUAGGCUGGGAACAGGACGUGCUCCCAGCGACGCUACAAUACAAUACAAUACUGCCUGCACGCUAAAACCAUGCUAGCAUAUGUUUUUAAAAAGCAGCGGGAGCAAAACUGAGUUCGGUUGUAUUUAAUUGAAGUAUUUUAGAAUGUACUCACGUUAUUUUUCAUCAAUCCUCAUCCACAAAUCCAUCAAAGUCCUCAUCUUCUGUAUUCGACACAAAAAAAGCAGUCUUCUUUGCCGUUCGCUUAACUUGUCAGUGUUAUUCAGAACCGUCGUAAGGGCGACCUGACUCCAGCAAAGAAGGAAACUUCUCCUGUUGCUUCUGCCAAUUUUAUUUAUUGAAGCAGCUCAGAACACACACACACAUAUCUCAGCAUCGUCUCUCCUUCCUGCUUGCCCACAAGGCAAAGGUUAAACAAGCCCCACUACAUAGCUGUCCAGCCAAUGCCUGUAAGAAAUGACACCGUUUAUUCCCUGGUGUGCACUGGUCAAUACUGUAAUGCCGCUUGUUGUGGGGAAGGAGAGACUCACGUCGCCGAUGCACUUUAAUGGCUUUAUUAACAGCGGAGAACACUGCAGGACUUUACAUCCACGCCAACAUAAACACACUUCCCAACUCUCUCCAAACUCACAGCUAGCACUGAGCCUAGCUCUCCUGCUCGGGACGCCCACCGUCACUUCCCGUCACUUCCUGUCACUUCCUGAUGAACUAUAGCUGUAAUGACACUCUGCCGUAUAAAAAGUAAAAUAUUAAAAACAAGCGUAAGACAUUACUAGCACAGCUUUGUUCUGUGGGUGGUGUAUAAUAACAAGCCUAGUAGUGCUGUACAACUUUUAUCCGCAGUCCCACAGUGCCCUCUACUGGUCAACAUUCAUUCCCUCCCCCCCCCAUUUUUUUCUUUUUUUCCCCUCUACUGGUCAACAUUCAAACUGGAUGGCAAACUGUCUAUAGAGGCCACCUGUCUAUAGCGGCCACUUUUGUAGUCUCCCUCUAGUGGCCGCUAUAGACAAGUUUGACUUGUAUAUAGUUCAAGAAAAAAGUGCAUCUCAACUUUGUCAUAUAGGGGACAAAGUAUAUUAUUAAUAAUAACUGCACUCUUGGUGCUUUUUCUUUCAUUUUGCAAAUAUUGCCACGCUCUUCUUAAAUAAAAUUUGUAAAUGUUCUUUAAAAAUGUUCUUUUCAAAUAUUAUGACUUUAUUCCCAUAUUUUGAAUUUAUUCUUGUAAGAUUAUAACUUUUUCCGCAAUCAAAAUUUCCAAAAAUUACAACUUUAUUUUGUUUGUCAUAAUAUUACGACUUGUAAAAAUGUUUUCAUGCUGUGAACCCUGCCCUGAUGGGCUAAUAUGUGGUCACGUUCUGGUCUCCUGUGCUUCCGAGCAGCGCCCUCCUCAUAGAGAGGUGUCUAAUGCAGCAAGUUGUAAUACCAAACGUGACCAGUAGAUGUAGUUGUAUCCUCAGUAAUGUUGAGCAAACGUCUGAAGAAGAGACACUUGCUUCAGGCAUUCCGGCAUGAGACCAUGGCGGCACACCAGGGCUGCUCGAAGAGUGUGUCCGACCACAGUGCACUUUGCUGGGCCACACCAGGUGGCUCCACCCGCUCUAUAUCCUGGUUCUACGGACCACUUCUGCUGUUUUUUUUUUUUUUAAACAUUUUUCUACUAUUUUAAUUUUCUUCUUGUACAUUUUCUUUUCAGAAUAUCACGACUUUAUUCCAAUAAUAUGAUACAUUUUUCCCCAACCUAAUUUUCCAAAAAUGACAACUUUGUUUUUACAUAAUGCAACUUUUUGAAAAUACCAUAUUUUUCUUGUAUAUUUAAACUCUAAAAUGACAUUUUUUUCCUCAUAAUAUUAUGACUUUAUUCUUGUAAAAAUUGGGACUUUUUUCCUUGUUAGAAUACAACUUUUUCUCUUAAUAUUUUCACAUUAUUCACUGUUGCCUUUUUUUUUAGUUUUCCAACUAUUUCAACUUUUUUCAUGAUACUAUGACUUUAUUCUCAUAACAUAACUAUUUCCGCAACAUAAUUUUCCAAAAAUGACAACUUUACUUUGUGUCGCAUAUUCUGACUUCUAAAGUAAAAAAAAAAAAAAAAUCACAUUUCAACUCUGUGCUAUUCAAAUGACAUUCUUUUUCCUCAUACUAAGAGUUUAUUCUUGUCAUUUGUUUUUUUCUCAUAAGAAUACGUUUUUUUGUCUUAAUAUUUUGACUUUAUUCUUGUAAAAGUACUCCUGACUUUUCCAUUUCUGCUGUUGCUUUUUCUGAUUUUCCAACUACUGUAGUAACUUUCUUCUUGUAAAUGUUCUCUUCAUAAAUAUUAUGACUUUAUUCCCAUAAUAUUAUACCUUUUUCCCCCAACCAAAUUUUCAAAAAAUUACAACUUUAAUUUUUUUGGUUUUUAAUAAUGCAACUUCAAAAAAAUAUUUCAACUGUAUGCUACUAAAAUGACAUUAUUUUUCCUCAAAAUAUUAAGAGUUUAUUCCCAUAAAAUCAGGACUUUUUUUUCCUGGUUAGAAUAUGACAUUUUUUCUCUUAAUAUUUUGACUUUAUUAGCUGAAAAUUACAAAAAAAAAAAUUCAUUCAAUUCCAACUUUAUUUUGUGUCUCAUAUUACGACUUAAAAUGUUUUUUUUUCUUGAAUAUUUCAGCUCGAUGCUAUUAAAUUCAUAUUCUUGUUAUUUUUUUUGACUCAUUAGA